AUGCUAGGCCGUUUGUGGAUGUUUGGCGCAGCUGCGCUCGUUGGGUUGACCAGCGGCGCUCAUGCGGCCACUUUGACGUGGGACUGCACUCGUGUGCCCAAUAUCUGCUCGAACGACUGCUACGCCAUCCAAUGCGCCGGAAAGCCCACCACGCUGCACCGCGACUCGGCGAACGCCUCAGCGAACCGAGCCAAGACUGCAUGCAAAUCUCCGAACCGUUGCGCUAACAAUGCUUCUGACUCGAACUCUUGUGAUGAAUACCCGUACGCUUCGUCGCGCGAAGGCGGAACGGGAAGUGUCACACGCUGUGUUCCUGCCACGGAAAACUCUCGUCAAGGCGGAACGCUCUCGAGCUUCUACACGAACAACGGUAUCACCGACGGAGACGCGUACAACGUCGCCUUCACUUCUACUAGCGGAUUGCAGUACUGCUCCGGCUCGUGCACCAACACAGGCAACCAGCUCAUCCGCAAAAAUCUCGCCAUCGGUCCACAGUACACCCCGAGGUCCUUCGUCACCAACGAAGGCCACGAGCUGACGAUGUUCGAACGAGUCGACAGCCCCGGCUCGCUCGACAGCGUAAUUGGCACCCAGACCUGGCUCUCUCACGAGCAACGCCAUGUGACGAUUGUCAAAGCUCUCGUCUGA